AUGGCCCACGGCCGCAUCCUCCCCCUGGCGCUCGCCGUCCUGGCCACGGCCGCCGUGGCCGUCGCCUCCUCCUCCUUCACCGACUCCAACCCGAUCCGGCCCGUCACCGAGCGCGCCGCCUCGACGCUCGAGUCCACCGUCCUCGCCGCGCUCGGCCGCACCCGCCACGCUCUCCGCUUCGCGCGCUUCGCCGUCAGGUACGGCAAGAGCUACGAGAGCGCGGCGGAGGUGCGGAGGCGGUUCCGGAUCUUCUCCGAGAGCCUCGAGGAGGUGCGCUCCACCAACCGGAAGGGCCUCUCCUACCGCCUCGGCAUCAACCGCUUCUCGGACAUGAGCUGGGAGGAGUUCCAGGCGACCCGGCUCGGCGCGGCGCAGACCUGCUCGGCGACGCUCGCCGGCAACCACCUGAUGCGGGACGCCGCCGCGCUCCCGGAGACCAAAGACUGGAGGGAGGAUGGGAUCGUUAGCCCCGUAAAAGACCAGUCCCAUUGCGGCUCCUGCUGGACGUUCAGCACUACUGGUGCACUUGAGGCAGCAUAUACUCAGGCCACUGGAAAGAACAUCUCUCUUUCUGAGCAACAGCUGGUUGACUGUGCCGGUGGAUUCAAUAAUUUCGGGUGCAGUGGAGGCCUUCCAUCCCAGGCAUUUGAGUACAUCAAGUACAAUGGAGGGAUCGACACCGAGGAGUCCUACCCUUACAAGGGUGUCAAUGGCGUCUGCCAUUACAAGGCUGAAAAUGCCGUAGUUCAGGUUUUGGACUCAGUUAACAUCACACUGAAUGCUGAGGACGAACUGAAAAACGCCGUCGGGUUGGUUCGCCCAGUGAGUGUUGCCUUUGAGGUGAUCGACGGUUUCAGGCAGUACAAGAGCGGAGUUUACACUAGCGACCAUUGUGGUACUACACCUGAUGACGUGAACCACGCCGUCUUGGCGGUCGGGUACGGUGUGGAGAACGGCGUCCCGUAUUGGCUCAUCAAGAACUCGUGGGGCGCCGACUGGGGUGAAAAUGGUUACUUCAAGAUGGAAAUGGGCAAGAACAUGUGUGCUGUUGCUACCUGCGCCUCCUACCCCAUCGUGGCGGCAUGA